UAUUAAAAAACCGUUAUGUGUCAAAAAAUAUGAAUUCCGCAUGGCUAUAAAAUAUUUUUAUUUGCAAAUUAUUGUAUAAUUAUUAUUAAAAAAAAAAAUGGAAACUAAACGUACUUUUCAAAAGAAGCUUACAGCGCUUGGUCUUUAUGAAAAAGGAAUGGAUUUGGAUCAAAUGCGACAAAUUAUGAAAGCUGUCGAUGAAUCCAUAUCGGAGACUUCAUUCAACGCUCAAGACUUGGAACUUGCUUUGAAAGAAAGUGAGCGCGAUUUUGCACCUGGAAAUAUUUGUAAUUCAACUAUGGUUGGUUUAUCUGAAAACACAAACGUUUUAGAAUCUUCAUCAUUUGGCCAUUUACAACGCAGCUUUGGCUCCCUUUUUACUACAUCCUUUAGUACUCCAGAAGAAGCUGAGUGUGUUGAAAGACUGACAGUCAAAGCUGAAGUUCAUCAUGAGUUGAAUUGGACUCCAAAAAAAGCAUCACCAAAACACGAUGAAGAAACAAUGAAGCGUUUGUCUAGGAAACGUGCUGCCGAUGCCAUGUCUCAGGAUGAUUCUGGAAUCAUUGUUUCAUCCAAUAGUAGUUUGUAUGAAACAACAAAUUUUUAAAGUUUUUUUAAGUUGUUUUUUGUUUCUUCUUUUUUAUUUUUUGCAUUUAAAGUUAUUGUGUUAUUUUGUUAAUUAAUCAUUGUGUUUGCUUGUAAUAAUUUGAAAUUAUGGUUUUAGUUUUUGUUAAAUAAAGCGCACCUAUUAAGUUUGUAUACA